AUGCUCUUCAGUAAAAGCAUCAUCGCGGCUGCAUUCCUGGUGGCUUCUGGUGUCAAUGCCGUAUACAUCUACACCACUGUGUACGUAACGAGCACGCGAACAAUCGAUGUGCAGUCCAUUACCACCACUCCAGUGACGUCCACCCGUACCUCCACGAUUACGGCGUCCGCGACCUCUACAGAUGUGAUAACUUCGACUUCGGUCAAGACUAUCACUUCCACCAUCAAUUGA